UUUCCGUACUGUAGUACCUAUGGAAGGUUCAAGCUCAAGAAAUGAUAGUCUUGUUUGGACUGAUGCUCAACUAGAUCAUCUUAUAAAUCUUCUAGUUGAGCAAUCAAGACUACCUGACAUGAAGUUAGGCGCCAAUUUAAAGCCAAAAGCGUAUAAGGCAAUUGAACGGCAAAUGAUGGAAAUGUUUGGCCCAAAAUUCAAAGUCGAAAAAAUAAAAAACAAGUUGAAGAGUACGAAAGCAGAUUACAAAGUGUGCAGACAAAUUUUGUCAACAAGUGGGUUUGGUUGGGACCCAACAAACCAGUGCGUAGAUGUUGAAAAUGAAGUUUGGGCGGACUACAUUCAGGUAAGGCGGGAAACAUUUAGUGGAAAUUAAUCAUCAUGUCUAUUACAUUAUAGAACAUAUGUGACUAUAAUUCUAACUGCAGAAAUUCCCUGAUCGGCAGAAGUUCAAAGGGGGGCAAAAAUGAAAACAUUAUCAACAGUUAGACGAAGUGUAUGACCAGUCCACUGCGAAUGGUAUUGGCAGUUUUACUUGUUCUUCAUUGAAUAGAUCUAAUGACUUAGUGACUAAUCAAGCACCCAAGACCCCUAUAACCCAUACGCCUGAUUUGGGUUACAAUGUUGGUGAAAAUGUAUCGUUUACACAAAUGUUGAACAAUGAAUCUCCUGUGCCAUCACCAUCGCAUGUUCAACAAGAUUCACAACAUACUGCAUUUGAAAGUAGGACAACAAACUCAUCAAAUAAAAGAGCAAGAUUAAGUAUGAAUUACGAGGAGUAUGGAACGAUAUUGCAUGAAAUAGCUGGUAGUUUCCGUACAAUGAUAAACACAUCUACAUACUCCUACUUGAACAACUGUUCAGAGCUAUUGCAAGAAAUGCUCGAGUCGGGAGAGAUUGAUGCUGACAUGCACUUAAAAGCCACGAUGCUAAUGGAGCAGCAAAACAAACUAGUCGUCUUCCUCAAACUUCUGUUGACCCAACGUGUGCCUUGGUUGCUGGCUAAUGUUAAUCAUCCAUAGUAAGUAGUGUGUGAUCAUGUGCCUUUAUAAUUCAAUGUUGUGGUUGUUCUAAUUUCUAUGCAGUUGACUGUUUGUUUGUAUGGCUGUUAAUUCCUUUCCCCUUUCCAUAUUAGAAUGUUUUAUUUGUACAUUCACAUGUCAAACAUGACGAAAGUUGCUUUUCUAUAUGUGCUACCCAGUGCUGCAGUCAUGUUGUCAAAUGAAGAAGAAAGAAAUCUUGUUAUGUUGAAAGUCAUGUUUGCCAUGGUCAUCAUAAUUUUUAGACUUCUUACUCAACCUAGACGAAUAGUUCACCCUUUUAGAAAUGCUGGUUCGAGAUUUGUUGAUAAUAUCAUCAAUGGUCAUCCAAGGAAUUGCUUGGACUUAAUGCGCAUGGAUCGCAACUCUUUUAUUACAUUAUGUGAUAUGUUGAAAGAGAAAAAUUUAGUAGAAGAUGGUCGGGAAAUCAGUGUCGAAGAACAAUUUGCUAUCUUUCUAAUUACUGUUGGCCAUAACGAGUGCAACCGUGCAUGCCAGAACACGUUCCAACACUCAGGUCAAACAAUUGGUAAGUACGUCAACAUCAUCAUACGAGCACUAUGUCAAUUGGGUGAACAAUACAUCAGUCGACCGAACGAUGAGACUCCAUCAAAAAUCCAUCUCAAUCAUCAUUUCAAUCCAUAUUUUCAGGAUUGUCUAGGAGCUAUAGAUGGCACUCACAUACCAGUAUGGGUACAUACAUCAGAACAAUCGAGGUUUCAUAAUAGAAAAGGAACUCUCUCACAAAAUGUAUUGGCUGUAGUUGGUUUCGACAUGCGAUUCCACUAUGUUUUGGCAGGCUGGGAAGACAGUGCGACAGAUUCAAGAGUAUUGUACAGUGCACUAGACAGUGAUGUCGAUCCUCUUGUCAUACCUACAGGGAAAUACUACCUUGGUGAUGGAUGAUAUCCAAACAUACGUGGUUUACUAAUGCCAUAUCGAGGUCAUCGAUACCAUCUCUCUGAAUUUAAUGCACCGGAGGCACGACGUGUUACAUGUGUAGAGGAACUAUUUAAUCAUCGUCAUUCAUCGUUAAGAACAACUGUGGAACAAGCUUUUGGUUUAUUAAAAGGACGGUUCCCUAUACUAAAAGUACAAGUGUCAUAUACUUACCGUACACAAGUUGCGAUUGUGUUAGCCACUUGUGUUCUACACAAUUUCACUAUAGACCAUAAUCCUCAAGCAGAACAGUUUGAUGUUGAUGAAAGUGCAUUUGACAAUGCAAAUGAGAGUACAUCGUUUGUAAACGAAGUGGAAAGUACGACACAAAGUAUUCGUCGAGGAUCGAAUAAUGAUCUGCGCAGUACAAUAACAUCUCAAAUGUUUACAGAUUUUCAAAAUCGUAGGUGCAGAUUAACUUAUCACACACAUAAACUAUUCUGUUGUCGGUUUUAGUUAGGCAAAUGUUCGUUUUGUUUAUGUUCUAUUGUUGUUAGUUUUU